CUAUCCUGUACUAUACAUGUUCGAUCUCGUUUCGAUUUCAGUGGACAUCGAGGCGGUUAGAAAUGGGAAAUGGCCUGAAUCGAGGCAGCUCAAGUGCUACAUGUACUGUCUUUGGGAGCAAUUCGGUCUGGUCGACGAUAAGAGGGACCUCAGUUUAAACGGGAUGCUCACAUUUUUCCACAGGAUGCCAGCCUACAGGAAGGAAGUACAAGAAGCGAUCAGCGCGUGCAAGAGGAUUGUGAAAGGAGACAACAACAAUUGCGAGUACGCGUUCGCAUUCAACAAAUGUUACGCUUCAUUAUCACCACGAACCUAUUAUCUGUUUUAACGAAUUCUGCGCGAAAUAAGAGGAGUAAUGGAGGAGCAACAAAUUCGUUUUAUCGUCCGUCGAGACAACAAUCGUUUCCAUGUAAUCCCGUAACCGUUUCGUACAACAUCAUAAUAAACGAUAAGUCUGAUUUC